AUGAGGACUCUUCUAGAGACCUCUGACCAGGAGCUGAGAACAGGUGCAAAGAAAGAACGAUGCCUUCAGGGGAAAAGCCUACUUCUGUGUACACUUCUUCUCAGUACUCUCCUUGGCUUUACACUGCUUAUCACCUACAUCAUGAUGACUUGUGGUCUAGGAUCCUGUGAUGCCGAGCUGGGUCUUACACUGUUGGCCAGACUCCUGAAUUCUAGGAAUGACACUGUAGACCCCUGUGAGGAUUUCUACAAAUAUGCCUGUGGCAGCUGGGAAGGCAAACAGUCAAGCAGAACCACAGAAGAAUCACUAAAUGUAUUUGAUGUGUUGUUGGAAGAAAACCAGUUGAUCCUGAAAAGGCUUUUAGAGGGCCCACAGUUUGGGAUAAGAGGCUCAGCUAAGGAGAAAGCAAUCCAGUUCUAUCGCUCCUGCAUGGAUACCCAACGGAUAGAAUCCCAAGGAAGUCAACCAUUGAAGGACCUCCUAAAUCAGGUUGGUGGAUGGAAUAUCACAGGUGUGGGGAAAGCAAAAGAUUUUAAUGAAACUCUUCAGAUUCUCAUGGGCAGAUACAGCACCUUUCCCUUUUUCAGAGUCCACGUGGGACCUAGUCCUUUUGACCUCAAGACCAAUAUUAUUCAGAUUGACCAUCCUGAGUUUGAGAUGCCACCUGAGAGUAAAUUCAAAGAGAAAAAUUAUCUUGAGGUUCUCCGUGUGUAUCUCUCAUAUUUGAAGAAACUGGGGGUCCUACUUGGAGGGCCACAGGAUGGUCCCCCUGAUUCCUUUUCUCUUACCUUGUCCUUCAUCUCUAACCUCCAGCAAGUUGUCACCCCACUGCAGGAAAGGCAGCAGAGGGGGAUGCUGUUCUUUCGCACUACCAUUAGGGAGCUACAGGAAAAGGCACCUGCUAUUGACUGGCUGUCAUGUCUCCAGGCUGUCUUCCAUCCUAUGCCAAUGAACCUCUCUCAGCCAAUUGCAGUGCAUGACAUGGAUUACUUAAGAGGCAUGUCACAGCUCAUCGAACAAUGGCACAAGGAAAGGGUCCUUCACAUUUAUAUGAUUGUUUGUCUGAUUGGGAAUCUCUCCCCAGCCCUUGACAGUCGAUUCCAAGAUGCACGCCUGGAGCUAUCUAAGAUUCUGUAUGGAAAAAUGGGAUCUAAAAUGAACCCAGCUGAGCGCUGGAGGAAGUGCUUGACUGAUACCAGCUCUUUCUUUGAGCCAGUUCUAGGGCAGAUGAUCGUGCAAGAAAUUUUCCCUCAGCAGACCAAGAAACUUGCUGAGCAAAUGUUCUCCGAGAUUCAAGAUGCCCUCUAUGGCCAACUGGAUCAGUUGGAGUGGAUGGAUGAACAGACUCGCCAAGAGGCUAAAGCGUUGGUUUCCAAACUACAAGUGGAGAUUGGCUAUCCAGCUCACAUACUCCAGACUGCCAAAGUGAACCUGGAAUACCAGAAUUUGGAGAUAAAUGAAGACAAUUUUUUCCUCAAUGUGGUGGCUUGCUUGAAAGUACUGAGGGAAAAUUCCUACUUGAAACUCCUUCAACAUCACUCACAGGACAACUGGCAUGUGUCCCCCUGGACUGUGCAUUCAUACUACUCAAUAAGGCAGCACAUGGUGGUCUUUCCUGCUGGAAUGUUCCGCAGCCCUUUUUUCCACAUGGAGUUUCCCAGUGCUGUGAACUUUGGAGCCAUUGGGGUCUUCAUGGCACAUGAACUUCUUCACACAUUCUAUGGUUAUGUGCUGCCUGGGGGCUGUCCUACAUGCAACAGGAGCGCACUACAGAAAUCUAUAGACUGCUUGGUUGAACAGUAUGAAAGCUAUGGCUUCAAGGUCAAUGGUACUUUUACACUGUUAGAGAAUACAGCUGACACUGGAGGGCUCACUAUUGCUUACCAGGCCUACAAGAAUUGGCUGAAAAAACACAAAGAAAAGGAUUUACCUAAGAUUGGACUUUCACACGACCAGCUUUUCUACCUCAGUUUUGCUCAUGCAAUGUGUGGACAUCAGGAUCCUGAGAAACUACAGUCUUCCCUGAGCACAGAUCCGCACAGUCCCUUGCCACUUCGUGUCUCUGGGCCUGUCAGCAAUAGCCAGGACUUUGCCAAGCAAUUCCACUGUUCCAGUGGAUCCCCAAUGAACCCAGACAACAAGUGCCACAUCUGGUAAUCUUCAUGGAAAAGGAGGAAGAGAGAUAUGACCCCAGGGAGAGGAAGGCCUGACCCGUGAAAGUAUGACCAUCUUCUCAGGGCCCCUAGGGUGACAUGGUGUUCUUAUUCACUCCUCUACUUUCCUUUUCUUGUUAUCCUUUCCUCAGCAGUUGAUGGUAGCAAAAUUCUUAAACUGACCUCAUAAGGGAAGAGUGUCUCCUCCUACUGCUCUCAGCACUCUGUCCCAGAUGCGAAAACUCUGGAGUUUAGCAAGUCCCAAGGUAGCAAGGUGACUACCCAGUCUCUAGUAGGCAACAACUUCUGAGGAGUUGCAAACAGAACGACUGUUACAUUAUUAGUCCCUCUGUUCAGUGCAUUUCCCUGUCU